AUGUCCCACGCCUCUUUUAUCUAUUUAGACGACGGUAUUUCCGGUCAUAAAUGUCGUAUUGAUGCUUCUGCGGCCAGUAUUAUUCAAAAGAAAGAUUUAUCGUGUUCUGGUCUUAAAACGAAUGAGGAAAAAUGUCAUUGGGAGCCCAUGCAAAUCGGAGAAUGGCUUGGUAUGAUUAUUAACACCAUCAAUUUUGAAUUCGAAAUUCCGCCUCGGAAAAUCGAGAAAGUUAAGAAAAACAUUCAGUACAUUUUGUCUUCCAAUCACGUUUCUUAUCGAGAACUGGCAAAAAUCGCCGGUUUCAUCAAUUCAUUGUAUUUAGCUGUCGGUCCACCUGUGAGGCUUUUUUCGCAGCAACUCUUUUUCAUAAUUUCUCAGAGAGAUUCAUGGGCAGGGCAUUUGGAUAGCGCGUCCCACCUCUUUUGAUGGAGGAAUUGAGAUUUUGGUUAGACAAUUUACGUUACCUAAACGGGUAUAACAUUCGGCCAAAAGUGUCUUUAGAACCUUUAGCAAUCCACACUGACGCUAGUAGCGUUGGUUAUGGUGGUUAUUUUGCCUCGUUGAGGGAUGUAAAUAUACACGGACAUUGGUCCACUGAGCAAAGUGGUAAGAGUUCCACGUUCCGGGAGUUGUUGGCUAUCCUACUAGUUUUGAAAACUUCUGUGCAACGUUUACAGCAUAAAAAGGUGAAAAUAUUUUCAGAUAGCCAGAGCGCCUGUCGCAUCGUUCAAGUCGGGAGUAGAAUUUUAGAACUCCAAAAUAUUGCAGUAGACAUUUUCAACAUUUGUUUCAUUAACGACAUUAUGAUUGAAACACAAUGGAUUCCUCGAGCAGAAAACAGGAUUGCUGAUGUGUUAAGCAAAACCAUUGAUUUAGAUGAUUGGAAGUUAAACCCAGAAUUAUUUGUUAUGCUUCAUAGAGCAUGGGGUCCUAUUACUAUUGAUAGGUUCGCCACUAGUUACAAUACACAAUUACCAAGAUUCAAUUUACGAUUUUGGUGUCCUGAAACAGAGGCUGUUGACGCAUUUACUCAAAAUUGGUCAAACGAAACGAACUGGGUCUGUUCGCCAGUGGCUUUAAUCAUCCCCGUCAUUAGACACAUGUCCGUUUGUAAGGCCAAAGGUACCCUUAUAGUUCCUCGUUGGCCGUCCGCUAUUUUUUGGCCAGCCAUUAAAACCAAACCUGGAAAGUUUGCUCCAUUUGUUAAGGACAGUUUAGUUUUACCAAAAAUAGCACAAAUGUGCAUUCCUGGUGAAGGGCAAUUGAUAGCCUAUCAAAAGAAACCGUCCGUUUUUACGGGAACACCAAGUUUUGACUUACUAGCUUUACAGGUAGAGUUUUAAAGCAUGAUGAUUAGGCUUGGUCUUUAGCACCGUGUCUUUUUGACAAAUUGUGGCGUUUCAAAGCAUUUUAUAUAUUUUUUAUCCUCAUGUCUUUUCGACUGAUUCGCUCCAUUUCUGGUGUGAUUGUUCUGUUUAAUAGCACUUUGCUAAUGUGUUGAUUUUCAAACACUUCAAGUUUGCAUUUUUUCAGGGGUUUUGGCCACCAAAUUUUGGUUACAAAGUCAUCUCACCGGUCAUUCGACCUGUUCAUGUAAAAAUUAAAUUUUACAUUUGCCUUUUAACGGCAAGAGACAUUUUCGUAAAAAAUUAAUUUUUAUUUAAUUAAUGCAGUCUUUUAGUGCUCUUUGAGAAAGUUGGGAACUCACAGCUUAAAGAGUGGUGGUGCAUCCGAUCCAGGUUGCCACGAUUUGUCCGAUAUGUCAAUGCAGAGUCAUGGAGGAUGGAAGUCGGUACAGUUGAAGAAUAAGUACAUUAAACCAUCGCCAAGCAUGCAAUUCGAGGUGUCUAAAAACUUGUCUAUUUAGGCGAAUGCGUAAAAUACGAACGUGAACAUUUAUACAUUGUAGUGAAGAACGGUUUUCCCAGGAGUGUGUUUUAGAUUAUCGUAUUAAUAAUCUGUAAAGGAAUUGAUAACACGAAUGUUAUUGAGUGACAAUAUUCAAGAGAACUUUUAAAUACUCCGCCCUGUUUUAUGCAGGUUGGGUUUUUCAUCUUCACACCAAGAUCUUAAAGGUUCAGAUCUUGGAAUAAGUAGAGUAUAUUUAUUCUUUACUAUGUAAGAGCAUUUAGCUCGAGCGUUUAAGCAGCAAUAAACACAAAGUGCUUCAAGCAACAUGUUGAUGUGUGUGUGUGUUUAUUCGAUAUAAUUAUAUUAGAUGUACCAAAUUGCACAGCCCUUUUUAAAUUUUUUAAUCAAAAGUGCCUGCAUACGAGACUGGUCCUGUGUCAAAAUUGUUGCGCUGGAAUAACCCAGUUGGCAGUUCCCUAUUUGAGUCUGGGACAAAUUGAUAUAAGUAAUUUCCUUGAAUUUAAUAGGGCACGAGAAAGCGCAAAGUUGACAAGUUGGUCUCGGCGGAAACCAUUCAUGGCGGAAAGCUUCGAGAAGCAGCAACCAUAAAAAAUGAUCAGCGAAUCCUUAUGCAUAUCUUAGACAGUGACUGUGUCGCUCUAGAGGUUAAGUAUCACAAACGCUGCUACGAGCGUUACACGUCAUCUUUAAGGCACGCCAGUCCUCAGGACGAGGAAAACAAGCACGAAGUAAACAACUACAAAUAUCGCAAGUCGUUUGAGUCGUUUUGCGUUUUCGUCCAGCACGAAUUGAUUGAAAACAAGAAUAUAUAUUACAUGACAAGGCUCAAAAAUGAAUUUGUGACGAAAGUGAAGGACAUAGAGAAUGAAGACGCAUCCAAUUUCAAAACAUGCUGUUUAAGAAAGAGGUUGGAAGAAAGAUUCCCCCAGCUUGUAUUCCAUAAACCAAACCGAGGAUUUGCACGAGAAAUUGUAUAUGCCGAAAAGUCAAAUUACAGUUAUGUUGCCGAGAGAGCGUUAGGUGCCGUGGAUGAAAGCGAUUUAGAAAUGACGGAUGAUGAGGAUAAAGAUUUUCAAGACGACUCAGUCCAGAGAAAGGAAAGCCGAAAGGUGGCGUUGAAAGAGCUGUAUUCGGUUGCAUUAGAAUUAAGAAAUAACAUUCGCGAUAAUAGUAGAUCAUGGUAUCAGCAGUGGCCACCAGUAGCGUCGGAUCUAAUUGGUGAAAAUGUGAAAAAAAUUGUUUCUCCUCUUCUUUUCAAUUUCAUUUCGUGGCUACUCGGGUAUUCAGAUGACCCACAGGAAUCAGGAUAUGUUGAUACGGACGAGGAACUUGCUGUUAAAGUAUUUUCUGUUUGUCAAGAUCUCGUUUACAACAGCAGCAAAGGUAGAACUCAGACACCAAAAUCUCUUGCAUUGGCAAUGGCUGUAAGGCAGCUGUCUGGAUGUUCCGAUGUAAUUCGCAUUUUGAAUGGUCUAGGGCAUUGUGUGUCUUUAUCUUCGACCAUGAGUUAUGACACUGCUAUCGCACAGUUAGUCAUUGAUACGUCUGACAUUAUACCACGUGAGUUCAUAGCUAAUGAAGCCAUCAAUUUAGUAUAUGACAAUAUCGACUUUGGGGAAGACAUCAAAAAACAAACGCAUGUUACGAACGGGAUUAUUACGCAGAAGAUUACAUCGGAGAAUCAAAAAAGAGAAGCACAGGAAUUAAGAAUAAGUAAGUCGCAGCGUUCUUUGAAAGUACCCGAGUCCGACGUGGUACAGUUUAGUAUUGGAGUUAAGAAAACACCCAAAUUUAACGACGAAGGAGGAGAUGUGGCUUCACGUGAACUGGCUUUGAAACUCGAUUUAGCAUAUAUGUUUUGGCUAAGUUGGUGCCCUUAGAUAAGGAUAUUCUUCCUGGAUGGACAGGUUUUAACACCAAGCUUUGUGAAAAUAGCAUUCCCGUUGUUUCACGAAUAGGUUACCUUCCUGUUAUCGACGCAUCUCCAACAGAGUACUCAACAAUAAAGACAAUCCUUGAAAGAAGCCAAGCCAUUGCCGACAAGUUGCAGCUACGUUAUGCUACAUUGGUGUUCGACAAAGCCGUUUAUGCUAAGGUGCAGCAUGUAAGAUGGAAGAGUGAGCUGUUUUAUAAUCGUUUCGUUGUGCGAUUGGGAGAAUUUCAUGCCAUCAUGUCGUUUCUGUCAGCGAUAUCAAAGAUUUUUGUAGAUGUAGGUUUGAAGGUAAGUCGUUGGCAUUCUGCAAACAAGAACAUACAGUACAAGUGGCAAAGCAUAUUCUGACUGCUGAAAAGCAGCGGGCGACUCUGAAAGGAUUUAAUCGAGUUAUUAAUUUGGGAAAAAUAUGUGUUAUGUUAUGUGCCACAACUGUCUAAUUUCAAAGCAUUAACUAAUAACAGCUACAUUUUUUUCAGGACGUAUUUGUCAAAUCAGGGAUAGUAAGCGAGGGGUCAAUCAAAGGGGUCUUGUCAGGCAAACACUACAACAGAUCCGUCUUUUGCCACAAAACUGUGUACAAAGCCUUAGAACGCCUUCGAUUUGAAACAUUCCUUGACACUUUGGAAGAAGAAUCUCGAGAACGCAUUCUUUCGCUCACUAUGGACUUGUGAGACUCGUUUAACGAAGGGAAAUUUCAUGAAUAUUUGGAAAGUCAACCGUUCAAUGAGCUGUUAUUGGAGUUCGUUGCUAAAUCCUCUGGAAAGUCAAAAACGUUCGCGUAUUGGAGUAUGUACAUGAAAAUGGCCGGUAAGAAGUGCUUUAAUUGUUAUUCUAUUAAACGUAGUGGGAACCAAUGUCAAUUCAAAAUCAUGAUUUAUUUGGUUUCACAAAAAGUUUAUAACUACAUAUGCAAAAAUAAAAUUGUUUCUUUUCUCAGGAAUACUUCUGACGUUCAUACGAGCAACAUGAGAAGUUGAUUGGGAAUUGCAUCUUUCCACAUUCAGACUGAUGAUUCCAUGGUUCUUUGCUUGUGAUAAAGUCCAUUACGCCAGAUACGGUUCUGCCUACUAGUUGGAAAUGACUUCACUAGAAGCAACCCAUCCAGGUUUGUUAUAGACAAAUUGUCAGCAUUUGAAAUGGGUAUCAUUACGUUGAAUAAUUACAUUAUUGCUAUAUAUAACCUUCAUUUUUCUCCUAAUUUAUAUAGGAAUCCUUCCCGAACUAUCAUCUAACUUUUCAGUCCAACGACAAAAUAAUCACGGUUUUUCCGCAGUGGCGUGAUCAAACCAUCGAGGAAACAGUUAACCGUGAUUCGAAGACGAAAGGUGGUUUGACUGGUAUUUCAAUGAACCGCCCGGCAGUUCACAGAUGGUUAUUGUCGCAAUCUGAAAGAGCUGCAAUCACAAAGCAAUGUAAAUCUAUGUCUGGAAUGAAUUCUAAAUCACGGUACGUAUUCAACUGCGUAAUUUAAGAAUAUUGCUGUUUUCUAACAUUAACGAAAAAUUCGUUGGCUCAGUGUGUGUACUCACUAAAUACUGUUUUUUAUUUGUCAUUACUUCUAGCGAAAGGAAAGAUCUUGAUGAGAGCAAGAGCCUACUUUAUGAAACGUCUGUUUGUGAUGUUUGAAAAGUCUGACAGAAUCCUACAAGCUGAAGAGCUUGGUGAGAAUCAGUUCUCCGAAUUAUGCCAAAAUAACUUAUUUACUGACAAUUCAGAUAUUUUCACGAAAAUCAAGAAAAAUAAGUUGCAAACUUUUCCUUCUAAAAAACUGACAGUGAAGGACAGCCAAGGCCGCCAAGUAUCAAUGAAGACAAGCAGAGAUCUCUUUGCUAGAUUGCUGAUUUUGUCAAAAACGCGCGAAAUCAACCUGGACGAAUUGCUCUCGUACAGCCUGAGUGAUUAUCCGCUUUCGUUGGCAACUGUUAAUGGAGGUCUAGUGAAGACAGCAAAAGCCAAAAUGUUCGAUAUUUUAGAAGGUAUGGCUCUUAAUCCAGUUAUAGAUGCGGAAGACAUAGGAGAACGUAAUGCACUUAUCAUCGACGCAAUGGCUGUUAUACAAAUGAUGAACGGCAAGUGGAAAACAUUUGCAGAAUUUGGAAAAAAUAAAGAAUCGUUGAUCGCAUUUCUGUGUGAUUAUUGGCGUACGUAUAAGUCCUCGCGUCUGUGCUACAUAGAAUGCCUGUACAUCACGUCAAAGUUUAAAUGCCACCUACUAACAACUGGAUCUUCCCCGAAUGAUUGUGUCCUACAUCAUGAAGUUCCUGAACUUCAAUGUGAUCACGAAGAAGCUGAUACACGUUUACUUCUUCAUUCAAAUCAUGCAGCCGAAACUCAUGAUACCAUCAUUGUUAAAACCCCCGACACGGACAUGUUUUUGCUUUGUAUUGCCAUGUGCAGGACGAUUGGCAAGAAAUUACUCGUGAUGGUAGGGACAGGUAACAGAUUUCGAAUUAUAGAUACUUCAGCCAUAUCUGACGUACUUGGACAGGAGCUAUGCUCUUGCUUGCUGGGAUUUCAUGCCUUUUCAGGUACACAGAUUUUUUGUAUAUUGCAUACGUUAGGUGUACGUGGUAAGGAAUUUACAAAAACUAAAAGAACGAUUUUUUAAUAUUUUGAUAGGUUGUGACUCCACAAGUGCCUUCCGCGGAAAAGGAAAAGCGAAGCCAUGGAAGAUACUUCAAGACAAUCCAGACUUUGUUCAAAGUUUCUGCGAUCUGGGAAAAUCGUCCACUCUAUCACAGGAUCUUGUCAUGUCGCUGAAUGUAUUUGUUUGUUUGCUGUACGGCGACAAAUCUUCAAAGACUGUAGAUGAGUGCCGAUACAGUCUUUUCAAAGCAGGGAAAUGUUCAGAUGAGACUCUUCCUCCGAACUGCAAUAGCCUGCUGAAACACAUUGAGAGCAAAUCUUCAAGCAGCUGCAUGGAGUCGUUGUUUAUACACGGUGGGCAUAAAAGACAGCGAAUUUGGCCAAGUACAUAUAACUUUCUCUCGUUAGUUUGGAAUAUCACGAAACUCUCUCACAGGAUAGAACUUAACAUUCCUAGAAAUCGUAUGUUUUUUGUUUUUCGAUUUUGUUACAUUUUGGCGGGAAAAUGACGUGCCAACUUUGGCGCCAAAAAAAUAAACACGAGCUAAGAACAUGCAUGAUAUGGUGAUUCAAAGUUCGAAAAAAAUCUAUUUUUAGUAACAAAAUGGCUGAUUUUUCAGUAAAAAUAGAACUUUGAAUCGCCAUAUCUUCGCACUGCCUUGUUGUAUUUUUAAAGUUUUUACAGUUUUGAGAUCCUUAUAGGACAAUCUUUUCGAAAAAGUUACUAGCAUGUUCUUAGCUCGUGUUUAAUUUUUUGGCGCCAAAGUUGGCACGUCAUUUUCCCGCCAAAAUGUAACAAAAUCGAAAAACAAAAAACAUACGAUUUCUAGGAGUGUUAAGUUCUAUCCUGUGAGGGAGUUUCGAGAUAUUCCAAACUAACGAGAGAAAGUUAUAUGUACUUGGCCAAAUUCGCUGUCUUUUAUGCCCACCGUGAUACAUGCAGUCACAACUUUUCCCCCAGUAGGUAAUGGUUGGAGAUUAUCAAAUGGCCAACUAGAGAUUGUCUGGAUGACUCGUCCCUCUGCACCUGAUUCACUUCGUGAGUAUGUAGAUUGCAAGUGCAAGACGGGUUGUGGGACACAGCGCUGUUCCUGCCUAAAAGCGGGCUUAAAAUGCACUGAAUGUUGUCGUUGCGCAAAUUGCCAAAACAAGCACGAUGAAACCACAAAUGCGAAGGAAAUCAGUGAUGGCGAAUUAUCUGAUGCAGAUUCUUCGGACAGUGUAUGCGAAAGCGACUAUGAAUUAUUUGAAGAAUAA